AUGUUCAAGGAGGUGGCCCUCGUCGACGAGGUCACCGUCAUCAAGGACAAGGCCACCAAGGCCUCCCGAGGGUGCUGCUUCCUUAUAUGCCCCUCCAGGGACGAGGCCGACAAGGCGGUGAAUGCGUAUCACAACAAGCACACGCUCCCGGGGGCGGCAAGUCCUUUGCAAGUAAAAUAUGCUGAUGGAGAGUUGGAGAGGCUGGAACACAAGCUUUUCAUUGGAAUGCUUCCAAAAAAUGUAGCAGAUACUGAAUUGACUGAUUUAUUUUCCAAAUAUGGAAAUAUCAAGGAUUUACAAAUUUUGAGAGGUUCACAGCAAACAAGUAAAGCUGGAUGCGCCUUCAUUAAAUAUGAAAUGAAGGAGCAAGCAGUGGCAGCUAUUGAGGAUCUAAAUGGGAAGCACAAAGUAGAGGGUUCUAGUGUGCCACUGGUUGUCAAAUGGGCUGAUACAGAAAAGGAAAGGCAGGCCCGGAAAGCACAGAAAGCUCAACUGCAAUCACCUAAUAUGCCGAAUGGACGCCCAAUGCCACAAUCUUCAGUAUUUGGAGCUUUACAGAUGGGAUAUAUGCCUCAGUAUAAUGGAUUUAGUUAUCAGCCUCCAGGGACAUAUGGACUUAUGCAGUACCCUUUAUCUCCUAUGCAAAAUCAAGGCCCCUUUCAGAAUAUGGGUCAGCCUGUUAACCAAGGGAACUCGAUACGAGGAGUCAACCCUGAACUGUCCCCCAACUCAGGUCCUAGAUCAUUUAACCCAAUGCACUUAGGCAGCCCGUAUCCUGCAGUACCUGGUAUGCAGUACCCUGGAUCCUACCCUGGUGGUCCGAUGAACAAUCGUCCUUUUGGGAGUCCUCACAAUCCCCUUAAAGUUCCAAGUGCAAAUGUCAAUUCUAUUGCAUAUAGUCCCCGUAGCAAUGGCGGUGGCCAAACACAAACGGAAGGACCUCCUGGAGCCAAUCUAUUUAUCUACCAUAUCCCACAAGAAUUUGGUGACCAGGAACUGUCCGAUGCCUUCCAGAGGUUCGGUAGAGUAAUAAGUGCCAAGGUGUUUGUUGAUAAAGCAACGGGUUCCAGCAAAUGCUUCGGUUUUGUAAGCUAUGACAACCCUGCGUCCGCGCAGUCGGCCAUCGCCAUGAUGAACGGUUUCCAGCUAGGCGGCAAGAAACUCAAAAAGGUUGGCAUUGCAAUUAUUCAGAUGCCAGUGCUACCGGUUCAGAUUUCCAAACUUUUAAGUCAGCUGGCGGCUACGUUGGUCGUACAUGAAAACAUCACUAAGAAGCGGCCUUGGUACAUGGGAUCAAUCCCCGGACAUGCUCCGGCCUUGGACCGCAAUAGGGAGAAAGGCCACACCGUUCUCUGUGCCGAUUACUUUAAGGAUGGUGCACUCUUUAGGCUACAUCAAUUUCGUCGCCGAUUCCGAAUGAGAAGGCAUGUGUUCAAUCUUAUUCACAAGCGAGUGGUCGCGCAUGACCCAUACUUUGAGUGCAAAGAGGAUGCCCUAGGCAAGCUUGGUUUCUCUUCAUACCAAAAAUGCAUUGCGGCUAUCCGCAUGCUUGCAUAUGGAAUUCCUGGUGAUCUUGUGGAUGAGUAUGUUUGUAUUAUGUUUGCAAGGCUUGCGGAAGGGCACUUCCCAGAGGUCAACUUUGAGGUCAGUGGCCACCAUUACAACAAGGAAUAUUACCUAGCUGAUGGCAUCUUUCCUCAAUGGUCAACUCUUGUAAAUACCAUACCCAAUCCGCAAGGAGAGAAGAGAAAAAUGUUUGCCCAAAUGCAAGAGAGUGCUAGGAAGGAUGCGGAGCGUGCUUUCGGCGUCCUUCAGUCUCGAUGGGGUAUCGUUCACAACCCUACAUUGACAUGGAGCACGAAGAAGUUUUGGGAGGUGAUAACUGCUUGUGUGAUCAUGCACAACAUGAUCGUGAAGGAUGAGCGUGAUGAUAGCAUCUGCGACCAAUGGUUUGAUUUCCAGGCUGAAAAUGUUGAGCCUGAGCAUCCACCUCCUGCAAUCUUUGAACAGUUUGUCGAGUUUCAUCGGAAGUUGCGUGAUUGGCAUACUCAUGUCCAGGUCCAGCUCCAGGAUGGCUUGGUUGAGUAUGUGUGGACUCACAUUGGCAACCAGCAAACCUAUGAGUAUAAUUUCUUGUGA